UUUAGAAGUUAAAAUAAACCAAGACAGGUAUAAAACACAAGAAUAGAAAAGUAAAAAUAAAAAUAAAAAAUAAAGUGAAGUGCAGAAUAAGACAUGAAUAAAUAUCUGAUUUAAGAGAAACACUUGUAGUUCCUGUGUUUGACACAAAGAUGGCGCUGUUUCAUUACUUUGAGAGCAGCUCACUGACUCGUCACCUUUAACUGGAGAUACUGAAGUCAAACCAUCUGAAAGGCUCGAGUUGUCUCCACGCGUCUUCUUCACGUUCAUAAGAAGCUGAAAUACUUUGAUAAUUAUUAACAUUCAUCUCCUGCUGUAUUCAGACACUUUAAUGUCGCUGUCUUAUCCACUAAGAGCUGGUUUAAAUCCUGGAGGUAAAAGUAUGUGGACACUAAGGCAUACAGACGAGUGUUUUGGUGUCCAUAUACUUUUGGCCACAUCUUAACAUUGACAUAUCGGACUGAAUUAGAUUUUAACUGAACACAUUUCCAUGUAACGUCACCUGAUUCAGGCACAAGAACAAAAUAUAAACUCGUCACCAAUGUCCAUUCGGAAAUUGACCAUUUUUAGGGACGCUCAAAAAACUCGUGACACAUGCAAGUGGAAUGUUUUGGUGUCCACAUACUUUUGGCCACAUCUUUACCUACAAAAUUCAGACAAAACUGGAGCCAAAUAACAUAACACAAAUCAAUGUAAUGAAAAUUAACCUUUUUCAGAACUGUCCACAUACUUUUGAAUACACAUUUGAACAUUUAAAUGUCGGAUUAAAUUAGACACUAAUUUAACAAUUACUCACUUAAAUCAGGCACAAAAACAAAAUGUUAGAAUUUCUCCAAAGUCCCUGCGAUCUCAAAUGCCACAAUAUUUUUGUGUCGACUCGCUUCAUAUGUGCAAAUAACUUGUGUGUGAAUUGAUUAAUGAACUGCCGCUACAUCCUUGGCAUCACACGUUUUCGGGAUCUCGAAUCGCUCACUGAAGCUCAGAUUUUUCAACUCUAACAAAUAAGCGUGUGAUGCGAAACCACAUUACUCUCUUCAUUCGUGGCAAUUAAUUUGCGUCCAUCGCGACUUUACAUUGAGCGCCAUUUAUUUUCAGGCUGAAAUUCAAGUUUUCUAAAGAGUCGGGCCAAAAACCUACGUGAAACUUCCAGCUGAUUUCAAAUAAAUUAAUAAUUUUCCACUAAUUUUCUUAAAGCACACCAAAAAACUAAGAUCUCCAACUGUAGUGUCAACUUAUUUGUAUGAAAAAGUUUAAUUUAACAUUCCUCAAAACGAACUACAAAAAGUAAAAUCUCUCACGUAUUUAAGGAAAAAUAAGAAAAUGUUUCAAUUUUAAUUGAGGAGUAAAAAUGUUCAUAGGUUUUUGCUGAAAUUUAAGUUUUUCUGAAGAGGAGGGACAAAAAUCUGACACUUUUCGUGAGAAACUUUCAGUUGAUGAAAAUUGAAUAUUUUUCACAGAUUUUAUCAAAACAUGUCACAAAACUUAAGUAGUAUCAACUUAUUUUAACAAAACUAUGGGGAAAAAAGAUUUUUAUUGAGAAAUUUGAAAUUAAUUGUAGAUUUUUGCUCAAAUUUAAGUUUUUCUGAAAAGGAGUGACAAAAAUCUGACGUGUUCCACCUGAUUUCAAUAAAAUGAAUAAUUUUUUACUCUUUUUUUUUAUUUUAAACAAACCACAAAAAUUAAGAUCUUCCAUUAUAUGUCAAACUAUUUCAGGAAAAAAUGUAAAAGCAUUUUCAUUUCAGUUGAGAAAUUUAAAAAAUUUUCAGUUUUUUUUUUGCUGAAAUUUAAGAUUUUCUGAGGAGUGACAAAAAUCCGACAAGUUCCACCUGAUUUCAAUUCAAUCGAACAUUUUUUCAGUGAUUAUCUUAAGACAAACCAUCUUUUACAGAUUUUCUCAACUUAUUUCAACAAAACAAAGAAUUUUUUUUACAUUUUUUUUUUUACAAAUUGAAGUUCUUCUAAACAGGAGAGACAAAUAUCGGACACCUCUAAGGAGAAACUUCCACCUGAUUUCAAUAGAAUAAAUCAUUUUUCACCACCUUUCUUAAAACUUCCACUGUAGUAUCAACACAUUUCACAAUAACUCACUGUAAAACAAAUUACAGUAAUUUACUGUAAAUGUACAGCCAAAUAUUUUACAGUGCACUAUAAGUAUUUCCAUGUUCUGCUACUUUAUGCUUGAAUAUAAUACUAUUUAUUUUUGGGAGCAUUUCAUAUUCACAUUUCAGAGGGAAAGCGUCCUCAGGGUGUAUCAUUAGCCCCGCCCCCUCCCCUGGUCACGCCCCUCCGGUUUUGACCCCCCUCUGUAUAUAAAAAAGUUUUCGGUGUGUGGCGGCUCCCGAGUCUCAGACACGCCAGAAUGGAAACGCUCCUCGGUGCGCUCACUGGCACACCUCCCUGUCCUCCUCCUCCUCCUCUUCUUCUUCUUCUUGUUGGUUGCGCAGCGGCACUCCGGCAGCUCCUCACCGGGACUCGUAGGAGACACAUUUAGAGAGUCAAAGCAGAAGUGAGGAUGCGCUGUGUGUGGAUGGAUUGAGGCUGAAAGAUGGAUCGUCGGGUCGUGGAGUAUGCUGCAGGGAGGUUUCCAGCUGGGCUGAUGCUGAUUCAUCAAACACGGUUUCUUCUUCUGCUGCUGCUGCUGAUGCUGCUCGCGUGAAGCUGUUCGGAGGACUCUGCGUCUUGUUGUGGCGACGGGCUGUUGAGGAUGACCAAACACGUCCAUGUCACGAUGUGAGAGGAAGAUCUGCUGCACACGCGUCUUCGAGUGGAUGGAAACAAAGUGCGCCGAGUGGCAUCCAAGUGCGUCAGACCUGAGCGGAGCGCCGUUACGCAUGGAGACAGCUCGGGACUGAGCUUCUGCGUCUUCACAUUUCUUUUUUAUGACUUUGACAAACGAGAGAAAAAGUUAUUCUCACUCCUCCUCAAACAGAAAAUGAGUAGCUGUCUUUUCCGACUGGCACUCCUCGUGGCUUGCGUCCUCUCCAUCCGCUGCACCGCUGCGCCCGGGACCGAGGCGGAGGCGCACACGGCGUCCCGGGAUACCUGCGCGUCCUGCGGCGUCGCUCAGCCGGAGGACCCCGAGUCGGGCCGGCUGAACGUGGACUUCCUGGAGGCGGUGAAGAGGCACAUCCUGAGCCGGCUGCAGAUGCGGGAGAGGCCCAACAUCACGCACCCGGUGUCGAAGGCGGCCAUGGUGACGGCGCUGCGGAAGCUCCACGCCGGGAAGCUCCGCGAGGACGGGAGGGUGGAGAUCCCCAACCUGGACGGACACCCGAUGAGCAACGAGGCGCUGGAGGAGAGCUCGGAGAUCAUCAGCUUUGCGGAGAAAGAUGACAUGGUGACGUCCAAGUCCAGCCUGUUCUUCAUGAUCUCCAGCGAGGGGAACCAGAACCUGUACGUGACACAGGCCACCCUCUGGCUCUACUUCAAGCUGCUGCCGUCCCCUCUGGAGGUGCGCCCGAGGCGGAAGGUGACGGUGAAGGUGUACUACCAGGAGCCCGGCCUCGGCAGCAAGUGGAACCUGGUGGAGAAACGGGUGGAGCUGAAGCGCAGCAGCUGGCACACCUUUGUGCUCACCGACGCCGUGCGGUUGGUGUUUGAGAAGGGCGACCGGCGCCAGAACCUGGACGUGCGCUGCGAGGGCUGCGAGGCAGAAGGUGUCGUGCCCAUCCUGCUGAACCACAACGACGAGUCCCACCGGCCCUUCCUGGUGGUGCAGGCGCGGCAGUCUGACAGCAAACACCGGAUCCGCAAGAGGGGGCUGGAGUGCGACGGCAGCAGCAGCCUGUGCUGCCGCCAGCAGUUCUACAUAGACUUCCGGCUCAUCGGCUGGAACGACUGGAUCAUUGCGCCGUCGGGAUACUUUGGGAACUACUGCGAGGGGAACUGUCCCGCCUACAUGGCGGGCGUCCCCGGCUCGGCCUCGUCCUUCCACACGGCGGUGGUGAACCAGUACCGCAUGCGGGGGAUGAGCCCGGGCUCCAUGAACUCCUGCUGCAUUCCCACCAAGCUUAGCACCAUGUCGAUGCUUUACUUUGAUGACGAGUACAACAUCGUCAAGCGGGACGUUCCCAACAUGAUCGUGGAGGAGUGUGGCUGUGCUUGAGUAUGUUUUAUUCCUGUUUAUUUAAGGUGGAACUGAAGAUUCACAAUAUUACAACAACAACAAAAAAAUGAAUAUAGAAACAGAAUAUUUAUGGACAACGGAAAAAACAUGCGCACACACAACCUCAUCCACACAUAUCUACACCCCUCAUGUAUGCCUGCACAAAAACUUGUACAUAUAUUUAUGUUUGUUGAUAUAUUUGGUUAUAUUCUCUGGUGGAAGACUGAUUCGGUCUCCUUCAAAGGGACGUGAAGAGUUCUCUUCCAAAUCUUUGGAAAACAAUCAUUAUUAAGUAUCUCUAAGAUAGCGAGGAUCUGGUUCAAGACUUACCUACUAGCCUUUACACAGCAGCAUCACGUGAUGUCAUUUCCUGCCGUGGGUCACGUUGUUAGAGUUUCAUUAGAAGUUUUGGAAUUAAACUCUUCAUGUGUAGAACAUAAACCCAACCUUGAGUGUGAAAAAAAGAAAAAACAAAACGUCUCCAGAGGAGCCUCACGAGAGUCACGAACUGGGUUGGGGGGUGAUUCAGCUAUGCCUCUUUCAGGAGCAGUUUGAGGGGACAAGCACUGAAAAUGUUAAUACAUCCGUCAACGUACAGCACUUCUGGCCAGGAGUCACACAGUUAUGCUAAGAGGAACUUUGGUCCACGAGAAAAUUGGCUUCAAGCUGAACAUUUGGACGCAUUCCAGACAUGGAUGGAAACAGAAAAAUAUAAUCGGUAGAGACUUUUCAACAAGGUUUUCACUGACGCUGUCACCAAACCGUGAAAUUGUCCUCUACACUGAAAGGUAGACUUGCCAAUGUGAGGUGUCACACCUGAAAUUCAUAAAAAUGUUAACUGUUUGGAGGUCGUGUUCCGAUUGUUCUUCACUUUCCAUUAUCUUCAUUGUUGAGGAGGCACUGUCACAUGUUUCUGAAAGUUGGAGAGGUAUUUCAACUUUUAUCAAACAAGGAUGAAGGUGAAUCUUGGAAACCACUGGCUAUGGUUGCAGACGAUAACCAUUUAGGAGGGCCAGUAUUUUGGGCUGAUCUGGUGUAGCCAAGACGUACUCUUUAGUGUGAAGGUCAUUUCGGCUUAUCUCUAUCAACAGAUAUCUAUGAUACAGGUAAUUUUUUAAAAAGCUAAAAAAAAAAGCUAACUUGUUGUCGGACCAUAGCCAAUGAGUUCUAAGAUUGGAUUUCGGUUGAUAUGUUCCACCUUUCAACAUGGACACUUAACCUACCAUCCAAACCUAAAUGAUGAGUACUAUUCAGACUACAAAACACUUUCGAAACCAAAAUCUUGUCCCAUCGCCUACAUAUUCUUCAAGCAUACACAGAUAUCUACUGAUAGAGAUCAGGGUAACCCUAACUUCUACACUGUUGCUAAGUGUUGUGGGGACGAACGGCUGUUUUGAUGAAAACUUCCCUCAAAUUACUAAUCGGUUGUCUCUCAAAAAUAAUUUAUGCGCUUAAGUUUCCCUAAAUUUAACAACUUCCAACUUUAAAUUACCCAAUUCUUUCCCUUCAAACACUUACUACGUUUACAUGCACAAAAUAUUCAGGUUUUUGCCCUUAUUCGGAAGAAGACGAUAUUCCUACCAAGCUGUUAACGUGGCUAAUGAAAAUGAAUAUUACACUAAUAUUCCUGUUUGCAUGCAGCAGGACGCAUGCUUAUUAACAUGACAUUUAUCACGCCA